GCGCUCUGUCCGCCAACCCGGCAGCAUGGUAAGGAUCACUUUUUGACGUAAAAUAGUAAAACAACCGUCCCUGCUGCUUUAAUAGUGCUGUGGGCCCUUUUUAGUUUGUAUAUUAUGAACUGUUAAACGUUUGUUUGUGUUCGUGAAACUAUGAAGCGACGGGCAACUAACCGACUAGCAUGGGUUGUUAGCAUUAGCGUGGGCCCUGCUGCUCCAGUCUGUCUGGAAUAGAUGAGUUUAACAGCUCGUGUUUGUGCAAAUUAAACAGAGUUAUGCGAGUUAGUGUUACUGGAAGAUUGGGCCUAUAAAUAUGUUUGAUGUGAGCUCUUUUAAGUAGAAAAGUUUAUGAAGUUUAUCAUUUGGGAGCCCGUACCAACUCACACAUUCAGCAUGCUAACACCCCCAGCAAGACGUCCAAGCAUCUCAGGCUGCUGUGCUCGUUAUGCAUCACAGUCUUGCAAGAAUAAUGAUGGACCAAGUGCUGGGUUUUGCUUCUAAUCCGAAACUUCAGUUCCACCGGUCCCCUAACAUCACUGAUUAUUCACUCUUAACUCUCUGACUGACUCUCAUACUCGGCCUUGAUAUUAAAUUUCUCUGUGGUUUGUUUGUUUUUAGCCUCGCAAGAUUGAAGAAAUCAAAGAUUUCCUGCUGACAGCCAGGAGGAAGGAUGCCAAGUGUAAGUAGACCUCCAGACUUGAUCGAUAUUGUCGGAAAUAGUUGUCAUGUAAACACUCAUGUAUUAGACAAUUCGGAUGUUGCUGACAGGGCCUGACACUAACUUUUUUCACAAGGAGUACAUGUGCUGCUAAGUUAAAAAAGUAAGGAGCACACAAACAACUUUUAGAGGCACAAUGAAAAUUUAUCAAAUACUGUGUCUUAUUAAUCAAUUUUAGGUCAGUUGAUCACAUGACAUGGAAGCUAUUAAGGGAAAACAGCCUUUUCUGAGAACAUCAACCAGCAAUUCAUUGAUGGUCCCUUAGUCCAGUGGUCCUCAACCUUUUUUUGUACCAGGGACAAUUUUCAUGCACGAAACUGUUUCCAAGGACCGGGUAGGGGCGUUACGGUUCCAAUCACAAAAACCUUAAUCAGUACGUAGUAUGUAACCAUGCUUCUGGCUCAUUUUUGCGAGGGCUAGCUUGUGUUGCUGAUGCAGGAAAAUGACGUGCCGAAGAGUCAAGCGCGAAAGUGAGGUGAUGGCAGAAGUGGUGGUCUUUCAAAAUAAGAUAUUGGGAGGACAGAUGAAAUGGGAAAAAAAAAUAUUUGAUCAUUAUUUUUUUUGCUGGGUACUAAUUGAUCCACGGACCGGUCCAGGGCCCGGUGGUUGGGGACCUCUGCCUUAUUCAACACCCGAUGUUGUCAGCAAGGGUGCUGAGUAGAUUUAACCAUGCUGCUGUCGCUAUUUUUGGUUAUGGAGCGUGCGAAGAUAAUGGUAGAUCCUCAGUGAAUGUCCGUCAAAUAUCCAACCUCAAACUAACUUCAUUGCGGUAUUUAAAUGAAAAAAUAUUUGUCACCUCUAAAUACAUUUUACAAUUUGGACACAUCUAUUUUUAGUUGUAAAUGCGAGUGAAACGGUCGCACUGUCGAGCCCUGAUAACAGUUCUUUUCAAAGUGAAAAACACAGGGUCUUCAAUCUUUUACCUUCUAGAUCUACAUGUCUUUGACUUUAUGAAGUUUAAAUCACUAAAUCAGAAGUUACUAAAGCUGUAAAUUAAAUCUGAUUUGUCGUGUCUCUUUCCCCAGCCGUAAAGAUCAAGAAGAACAAGGACAAUGUUAAGUUCAAGGUGCGCUGCAGCAGGUACCUGUACACCCUGGUCAUCACAGACAAGGAGAAGGCUGAGAAGCUCAAGCAGUCCCUGCCCCCAGGUCAGUUUGGUGGUCUGAAGUAAACACAACAGGAUUCAGACAUGCUGCAGUCUUGUUGAGAGGUCGAUGUUCUUCUUUGGGUUUAUCUAAGACACUUGUGGGGGAAAGUAGUGGAUUAAAGUGGGUUUCUGUGGGUGAAUUCUUUCAGUGUGAUCACUAUAAAACCGUUUAGUAGAUGUAGUACACCUAAAAAGGAACCUUUGGGCUCAAACAGAAGGAGUCGAGCCUGUGAGAAUACAGCUGUUUUUCCUCUCAUUUAUACAACGCUGGGAAGAUGCAGAUGCAGUCGUAAUAUAAUACGUGUUUAACUGUGAGAAACAGGAGGAGAAACUGUUGUUAGGAAAAGAAACUGGGCUGUUUUUUAAAGUUUGAAGAGUCCUGAAGGGGCAGAAAUUAUUCAGUCCUCGGGGGGGGGGGGACAGAACAACUCCUGACUGUGCUGCUGAGGUGUUUUCGCAUUUAGCCAGAAAAUCUUUGGUCCCAUGAGGAUUAUGAAGCCUCAGGUCAGAAUCCAAUAAAAAGAACUAAACAUGAGAAUACAAGGGCUGACUGAUGCUGGUUUCUCAGGACCAAUAUACCCACUUUGAGUUGUUGAUCUGCUUCAGUUUUGGACGUGGAUUAAAUAGCCAGGCUAAUUAAUUACAAUUAACUGUAGAUGAAUAUGUACAACAGCAUUUAAGUGGGGUUUAGUCUGUGAAAACUGUCGACCUUUGACAGUCCAUGUUUGUAAUAACCAGCAGUACAUGUGCUCAGACGUCUUAAUUUUAAAAAAGUAGCAGUAGUUAUAAGGAGGAAAUAGUUAGAACAGAGUGAAAAUGGAUGUAAAGGAGCACUUUUUUUUUUUUAAGUAGAUGUGUUUAACAGCCUGUGUUUGUGCAAAUUAAACAGAGUUAUGCGACUUAUUGUAAGUGGAAGAUUUGGCCUUCAAAUAUGUGUUAAAAAUGAGCUCUUGUAAAGUAGACAAAUUCUUCAAGUUUCUCAUGUGGGACCUCGUACCAGCUCAGACAUGCAGCAUGCCAACACCUCCAGCAAGACGUCCAAGCAUCUCAGGCUGCUGUGCUCGUUAUGCAUCACAGUCUUGCAAGAAUAAUGAUGGACCAAGUGCUGGGUUUUGCUUCUAAUCCGAAACUUCAGUUCCACCGGUCCCCUAACAUCACUGUUUAUUCAGAGCAGAAUUGUUGUAUUAUCACAUUUUCAAUCAAUUAAUUAUAUCCAGAAUCAUUAAAAUAAGACGCAGAUGCAGAUAGUCGACCAGAUUCCAGCUCAGAUUAUCAGCCAGGAUGAUCAGAAAAUAGCCUCACAUCAGCCUAGAAGUGCUGAAAGAAUGAAGUACACUGAUUGAGAAGUCGUAUUAACAGCAUAAAGAUUAGGACAUGCAGUACGUAAUGAUACAAGGUUUAAACACGCCCGUAAACCAAAUGAGAUUUGCCCUAAAGCGAAAUGUGUAGAGGCUCCGAGUCGCUGAAAGGCUCUGUGGGCUUUACAGAGACAGACUUUAACCUGACUGUAGUUAACUGUUAGUGACAGACAUGAAAUUUGGCAAAUCAGCCCUUAAAUCAGAUUAAAACUGUUGAUGGCUCGAGUAGAAUUAAAACAGUAAAGGUGUGAUCAAGCUUCUUUAACCAUACUGGUGUCAACAUGAGUUUAUUAUCCGCUGUACUCUGUCCUUAUUCAGUGAGAACCAUCUGAGCUCUUGUGAUGCGAGUCGUCAAGGAUGUUUUUCAAGAUUUCCUCCUCUUUGUGUUUCUGUUCAUACAUAUAUGAUGACAAAAGGUUUUGAAGUAAAUGUGCGUCUCGGUUUAAUGAGACCAUCUCACUGUGCUAAAAAUAGUCUAUUUAUGCAGAUCAGUCGACUUAAACUGCAUAUAGAAGUGCUUUUUAGUGAAGAACUUAUGGAUUUGGUUGUUCUGAAUCCUUUUAAUGUAGAAAAAGUACAUUAGCUUUGAGUCUGGGACGUCAAAUGAUGCUAACAAUAUGCAAAUGAGUUCUCCGUGGCGGCAUCGACAGAGUGCUUUUUAGCGCAGACCUUCAGGAGCCGGGCGGUCGAAUUAGUUUGUGAAAAAUCAUUUUAGGGUUAAACUUGAAAGCCUUGACUCGACAUUAGGAGAAUGAGCUUCCUAACACUCCCUCUCAAGUGAAUUUGGUCUCAUCUGCUCUUUCCUGCUGUUAUUUUAAAUGACACUGAACAUUUUCUGAUCUGCUGUCUUUUUGUUUUCCAGGUCUGGCUGUGAAGGAGCUCAAGUAAAUCCGUGAUGUACAGAUUAUUGUAAUAAAAAUUGGAAAACAGAAGUUUGUCUGGAGUUUGUGUCCUCUUUUAUUCCACUGCCGCGAUGCAAACAUGUGUUGUUUGUUUAGAUAUUCCACCUUAUUAAAGUGUUGGAGGCCUUGUGGGAGUGAGACCUUGAGUCUGGAUGUUAAAACAGAAUAUUUCUAGCGCCAUAUCUCAGAUUAUCAUAUGUGAGGCAAAACUACAUCUGUGGUGAUAAAAUACCCGAGAAUAACUCUGCUUUUUCAUCAGUUUACAUAAAGGGUUUAAUUUUAGUGUGGGAGUGAGCCUUGAACAUGGAUUGAUUUAUUUGUCCAUAGACUAAAAGUGAAUAUUCUGAGCUAGUUUGGUCUCAAACUGUCUUCAUAAAGCUUAAUACAUUAAAAGAUUCAAAUCAGUAUGUUAAUUUAUUACAGGAGUAUCUCUAAAAUCAAGCUCUACCAAACAGAAGUGAAAACUUCACACCGACUAAUGUCUUAUUUUUAAUCUGUACUCUUAUCUUACUGUUAUUUCAUUUAUGUAUCUUAGUCCUCAUUUUACAUGUUAUAUUUACUGUAUUUAUUUACUUAUUUUUAAAUGACAUUUUAGCUAUUUAUCGGUAUUUGGUAAUCUUACUUAGUUUGGUGUUUUUAGCCGAUGUAGUUUAUGUUUUUAUUCUGUUCCUCCAGUGUUUCCUCAGUGGGGGCCACCUGCACUGGAGGCUGUGACUGGCUCUGUCUGGGAUUUCUCUGCCUUGUGGUGUGCUCUCAGCUCGGCCAGGUGGUGGUCUACAGUGGUGCUUGCUGCUGUGGGCCCCUUACCUGGGGCCUCUAGCUGGUUGCGCUCCCGAGUGGAGGUGUCCUGACCCUGGACCGUGAGCAGCCUCCAGUGCAGUUGGACUCCUGACCUGGCUCCUCUGUACUCAGCCACAUGUUUUUAAGAUUGCGUUAUCUGUGUGUGAUGGGGUGUUUUUAACCUGUAAAGCAUUUUGUGCUGCAUCUUCUGUAUGAAAACUACAUUAGAAAUAAAGUUUAUUAUUAUUAAAAUA